GUGUUUAUUCAGCUUGCUCUUGGGCUGUUUUAUUUUUCUUGUGUUUCUUCAGGCGCUGCUUAAUUCGUGUUUAAUCUCGUCAAAUUGUUGUUGUACUCGAUGAUGGCCCACUGAGGCGUGGCCGACGCAAAUGCUGUGCGACAAUUAAGCCGCAGCUGCGACGCUGCGUCGGCGGCACCGUCGACGUCAACGUCAACGACAACGUCAACUCGUCAAGCUGGCUGUGACAGGUGAAUGGCCCAGACGCUGCCAAUGAUAGGCAUGUAAAUGGGCUGUCGUUGCCGGGUUUAGCCCGGGUAGCAGGAGCGACAGCAACAGCUGCUUUACCACUCCAAUCCAACUCUUCGCUGCGGUGCGCCACAGCGCUCUAAAGGUGUGCGAUAAAACUGUUGCGAUAAGCGACCUCCAGACAAUAAAACUGUUUGAAUUGGUGAGGGGCGGGACGGGACCUGCGAGGCGGGGUCACUGGCGAAUGGGUAACGCAGCGCGUGCCAUUGUCAGAGUGAAUUUGUGUUUAUUUCGUCUGUUGGCAUUCGCUAGUUGAUUUCUGCCGCCGGACGCCGGACGCCGGACGCCGGACGCAACAGUUAAUCAGUGAAGUUAAGCACCAUACAGCGACUAGAUCCAGCUGUGCGGCACAGCCAGCUGUCACCCUGGUGACCGGCCGGCUAUUGCUGCUCCCAACUGUUUUGGUUCUGGCUGACGCUCUUGCCGUCUGGCUAAGCAAACAGCUAGCGCUGGCCACGCAUUGGCUGCUGAGCAAGCGCUGCGCCAUACACACACAGCUGUUGUUGUAGACGUUGUUAUUGGUGCUGCUGCCGGCGCUGCCGUCGACGUAGACUGCGAAUCUUUUGAGGCACAGCCAUCAGCCAUCAGUUGCGAGCUGGUAACCAACGCGUGCAGUUUGAAUUUUGGAUUUCUCGAAAAAGAAAAAAAAAAAAAAUAAGAACAUAAUUUCGUUAACAACGUUCAACGAAAUUAUAAUCAAAUUUAAAAGCAAGCCAAGCAGAAGUUAUGCGAUUUAUUCGGGUGUGUGUGUCUGUGUGACAGCAGCAGCAACAGCAACAGCUAUAAAAGCGACGCCGUUCGGUCUGUCAAUAAGAAAUUUACGAAGUCCUUGUAAGCCAUUUAUAGCAUGUGGGUGCAGCUGCCACAAAGGGAUAACAGUUAGCUAGGGCGUGACACGGCUCAAAGAGGAGCUCGCAGCGAGCAGUGGGCGCUGCGCGUGGCGUCAUUUUUUUCAACUCUUGUAUUGUUGUCUUACCUUGUUACAAUUAUCGUGAACUCUCUCUCUGUGUGUUCAUUGGUGCGCCUCCAAAUUGUCUUUGGGACCGCUACGUGUUGUAGUCCGUGAAUUACGUUCGGGCUUAGACAAUGUGUCCGCAGCUGCUCCCUGUGGAUUAUUGCGCAUGAUAAUUGAAAAAGUGGAGAAGAAGAAGAAGCAGCAGCAGCAGCAGCAGCGUACUGCGAUUCUUUGAGACUAGUGGCUGCUUGACCAAAAUCGUUUAAUUGGAAAUUUGUUAUUUGACCCCGACGAGCUGUGACAAUACAAUCGAAAAAAUAGUCGUGAAAUAAAAAGAAAAUGCUCCGCGCAUUGUGUGCGCCAACAAAGGAAAUGUAAUGAGUGCUGGGCCAAUUAAAAAUCAAUAGACUAGCGAACGCCACAGCAUGGAACUUGGCAACAUAACAAUGACGCUGGCUGGCCAGCUGGAGCUGACCACAAGCAGCCUGAACAUCAGCAGCAACGCCAGCAGCCUGGACAGCAACUCAACUACAAUUCAAACCGAAGCGGACGACAUUCGGGACACAGUGCGCUGGCUGGUGCCCAUUUUCUUUGGCAUCAUUGCCGUCUCGGGCUUCUUUGGCAACCUGUUGGUCAUCUUGGUGGUGCUGCUGAACAAGAACAUGCACUCGACAACGAAUCUGCUGAUCGUGAAUCUGGCCGCAGCCGAUCUGCUGUUCGUCAUCUUCUGUGUGCCCUUCACUGCCGUCGACUAUGUGACGCAGCAUUGGCCGUUUGGCAAGCUCUGGUGCCGCAGUGUCCAGUAUCUGAUUGUGGUUACUGCCUACGCCUCCAUCUAUACGCUCGUACUGAUGUCCAUCGAUCGCUUUCUGGCUGUCGUUCAUCCCAUACGCUCGCGCAUGCUGCGCACCGAGCACAUCACAAAGAUAGCCAUAUUUACGCUGUGGACAGUCGUGCUGACCGUUUCUAUGCCGGUCACCUUUGCUCAUGAUGUGGUGGUGCACUAUGAUAACCAGACGAACGUCAUCUACGCCAUGUGCCGCUUCAUCGACAACGAUGUGCUGGACCUGAGCACCUUUCAGGUGAGCUUCUUCAUCAGCUCAUACCUGCUGCCCCUGAUGGUCAUCAGCGGGUUAUACGUGCGCAUGAUCAUGCGUCUCUGGCGCCAGGGCACCGGCGUGCGCAUGUCCAAGGAGUCGCAGCGUGGACGCAAGCGGGUUACACGCCUGGUGGUGGUCGUGGUCAUUGCCUUCGCCUCGCUCUGGCUGCCAGUGCAGCUCAUUCUACUGCUGAAGGCUUUGAAAAUGUAUGAGACGAACAGCAUGUUCAGUGUCAUACUGCAGAUAGUGGCCCAUACGAUGGCCUACACCAGCUCCUGCAUCAACCCGCUGCUCUAUGCCUUCCUCUCGGACAACUUUCGCAAGGCCUUCUACAAGGCCAUUAACUGUUCGAAUCGUUACCAGAAUUACACAACUGAUUUGCCGCCGCCGCGCAAGACGUCCUGCGGAAGGACCUCCACGACGGGCCUGUGAGCGCUUACGCGACGACAACCAAAAAUCGGCGACAGCUUCAAAUAUCUAUAUGUAUAUAUCGAAAAGUGAUUGACCGACAGCCAGCAGGAGCAGAGGCGAGAGCAAGAGCAGGCGGAAAAGAGGCGUGCGAAGUGGCAGCAGGUGGCAGAUUGAUUGCUUCGUGCGAUGCUGGAAGGCGGCCAACCGGCUAAAUGCGGCCAAUUAAGGGGCUGAGGAUGUGCUGUUAAUUAACAGCCAAUGCCCAACAACAAAAAAAGAAACAGGACCAAACUUAUAAACUGAAGCAACAAACAACAAACAAGUAGAGCUCCUAUAAAUACGAGCGCGCAAUUCAAAUCGCAUCCUCCCCAUAGCUUAAAUACAUAUAUAAAUAUAUAUAUAUGUAUGUCUAUCUAUGUAUGUGUACUUAGACUUAGAUAAAGUUGUAUAUAGGCUAAUGCUAACUGUCUAUGAGUUAACGCUUCGUGUGAGCCACGCGCAAUCGUGUGCGCCGAAGCGUGGCCGAAUGUAAACAAAAGUUAAUUG